GUAUUUGAAAGUGUUGGCCUGUCCAACAGCAUGCUGGCAGAGAUCUAUGCAGCAGUUCCAGAGGCCACUGUGACAGCUGACACAGUACAGCUGGAAGAGAUGGAGUUCAGCAGUGACAUCACUGUCACACAUGUCCAUGAGGGUGUUGGAAGUGGUAUUCCAUUCAGUUUUACAGCAGAUGGCAGCAACCCCCAGUCUCUGAUGACCACUGGGAUCCUCCUGAUGUCUGUGUCCUGGGGAGUGGACACCAAUGGACUGCCCCUAGUACCACCCACUAGUAGUAAUGUCAACCAAGCGUUCAGUGCAAUGAAAGGUCUAGAUGCUGUGGCAGCUAUAGGAGCCUCAGCUAUGGUAGACAUGGAGAAGCUGUCCAAGUGGAUAGCAGAGUCCAGGCUGGACCCCAAUGACCCCAGCAAUGCUGACCUAGUCUACAUGAUGAAGCCCAUGAAAGAUGGCACUGGACUGCAGAUGCCCUCUUAUUUUCGCUUGGAGCACCUUCAAGAAGAGUUCAACUUCACCACAGAUGAAGAACUGGACAUGCAUCGCAGGUUCCGUCUGAUCAGGCUACGUGAAGAGGAAGUUCCACUCUUCAAAAACAAACAAAUCCCUGCACUUGAAAAAGACAUUCCACAGGAUGCAUUUCUUGAAUAUGAGAAGAAAGAAAAAGAGAAGGAGCAGUUGAGGGAGGACAAAGACAUAGAAUCUCAUAGAGCUGCAGUUGCACAGUUCAUGCAGAGGGUGAGAGAGCAAGUCCUGCAGAGGUUCAGACUGGCAGCACAUCAGAAGUCAUUUCAUGAUGUUGUCUUUGAGGAGGAGGUGCCAAAUAUAGGGACCCUGGCCAUCAACCUCCAGCAGCUUGGAGAGCCCAGGAGACCGCUGAGACCUGUGCGCAAGGAAAGGAAGAAGGUGUCUGCACAGAAUGUCUCUGAGGCUGAUGUAGUCAUCAAUGUUCAGAGAGCCUAUGAUGUACCCAUCAGAACAGAUGCUGUGCCGUAUGUUAUAGUCUUAUGUCUUCUUAUAU